AGGUUUGCCGAACCAACUAGCCACUCAGGGGACUUUUAGAAAAAAAAAAUCCUUUCACGCCUUCUUCUAGAAACAACACCUUCUCAUAAUCUUUUAUCAAAAAAAAAAAACACCUUCUCUUUAAAUUAGAGUCUCUGAAAAAAUGGCGGUUACAUCUUCUAGAACCAGAUCAACCGCUUCCGCGCUACGCUCUCCGUCUUCAUCAGGCUUCGCUUCCUCCACCUUCUCCUCCCGUUCUUCAGCUUUCUUCAGCAACCAACAUCAUCAACCCCACAGAUCCGCGUCCCCUACGCGCGUUAACCUCUUCGCAUCCUCCCCGCUGAAACAAUCAUCGUUCCGUUACUCGAUCGACAACACCAGAUCCAUCUCCCCGAACCACCGAUCCAUCGCCGUUUCGAAGCCCAGCGGCGGCAACAAGAUCCCCGAUUCGAGGAGGAGAUGCAUGUGCUCGCCGACGACUCAUCCCGGAUCGUUCCGGUGCAGUCUGCACAAGAACGUGGCGAAUCCCCACGGGCAAGGCGCGGCGGCGGCGGCGUAUCCGACGAACAGUUUGAAUAUGAGAAGAUCGGCGAUGACGAAUUCUCUGGUGAGGAUCGGUGGGGUCGAAGGCGAGUGGGUGAGAAGAGCGUUGACGGCUUUGAUAAGGCCGUCUUCGCAUCAGCUGAAAAGGAGGUCUGCUUAUCAGCCUAGGCCUAGUAGGCUAUCGUCUAUGUCGAAAGCGGAAGAUCUUUGAUUUGGUUUGUUAUUUUGUCUUUGAAUCGGCCACAGGAAGACUCGUUUCUGGUUGAGCUGCGGCGAAGAAUGAUGAUGAUGUAUGGGAGACGAAAACGACACCGUCUUGAAGUUUUUUGUUUUGUUGGGUGAAUGAUGAAUUGUACAUAGACUACUUCAUUUGCUAUUGAAGCGCAGUAAAUUUUCCCUAAGUCGAAAAAUAUCUAGAAUUGAAGGACAGUUGGUAGAAUUGGUUAUUUAAAAUUAAAUGGAACAAAGGGACUUGGUUUAUAUUUUGAA